AUGAAAUCCGUGGAUGUUGUUUAUUGCAGCUACCCAGCAUCUCUCUGCGAGAUUUACCUCAAACUAAACAAAAGCGUCAUCGUCCUCGCCACCACUAGGUAUGACGUAGGUAGAUACACGGUCGAAAGGCUGAACGAGUUGAAUGAAAAUUUCAGAGUACUCGCCAAGAACCCGUGGAAUUUCUUCGGCGGGAAUAAUCUAUAUGACGCUAGGUGGUUUUUGGAGUAUUACACUGGAAUCAAGGCUAAACACCUGCCCAGUAUGUGCGACUAUACAAAAACCGAAUACAAAGCCAAUAAUAAUAAUAAUAAUAAUGAUAACAAUAAUAACAAUAAAAACAAAAAAAGAUUUUUAAAUUAUUUUGAGAUGAUUUACGACUAUAUUUUUAAGAGAAAUAUUGACAGAGAUAACACGUACAUGAUGAUGAGAAGGAGAGAUCGGGGUUUUAGCAGCAUUUUUCUGGAAGAAUUCAGCAUCGCUUGCAAAUUGAUGAACUCGACGAUGCUGAUAGAGCAGACCUCAGGACAUGAGUACGCUGAAGUAGUCAAGUACCGAGGCAUUGUGCACGUACCGUAUCAAAUAUCGGUAAUGAGCAUAUUCGAGCAGUACCGAAUGAAUAUACCGAUGUUCUUUCCAUCGCCAGAACUCCUCGCCAGAUGGCAGGUCGAAUACUACAUUAUGCCUGAAAGAUCUUUCGAGGGAGCAUUUUUCAAAGAACGAACAGCAAAAUCGAAAAUUGAAGCAGACGAGUCUCAAAAAAAUAUUCCCGAUCCUAAAAACGAAUUCGAUUAUGAAAGUGUCCUCUACUGGAUGAAGUUCGCCGAUUUCUACCAGGUAAUGCCUUACGGAGUGAUAUACGAAAGCAUUCCUCACCUGGUGCAAAUCCUGACAGAGAUUACAGACGAGCAACUGAUGACAAUUAGUUCAAACAUGCGUAGGUACAAUGUAGAAUUCAAGAAAAAACUUCUCAGAAAGUGGAGGAAAAUCUUACUGGAAUACGCCAAAAAUAGUCCUAACCAUCCCCACUGACGUUUGGGAAGAAACGAAUCGAAACGAGACAAAACGAGACAACGAAAUUUAUUUUGUAAAAGAGUCUGGCCAAAUGUAAUAAAGUCACAAAUGUAGAAUGAAUACGUGAGAUGUUUUUUGUUUUAAGAUUUUUUUAAGACUUUUUUUAAUGAAAACGUAUUUCUUUUUGAGCUGUUGACUUGUUAAUAUAUCAUCUCUUUCCAUUAUAAAAAAUUUGCCUUUGGAUCUAUCCAGCCGUCAAUGUGUACUGUCAGUUUUGUUUAACUCGUUUUCAGUAUUUUUUUUUUCAAUUUAUGAUUUCAUAGUUUUAAAUAAAUUUU